AUGGGCCUGAGCGACGACAAGGAUCGCAUUGUGAUAAACGUGGGUGGGAUCAGACAUCAGACAUACCGCAGCACCCUGCGCACCCCUGGCACUCGCUUGUCCUGGUUGGCAGAGCCUGAUGCUAACCACUUUGACUAUGACGCCAAGAUCGAGGAGUUCUUCUUCGACCGCCACCCUGGCGUUUUUGCACACAUUCUUAAUUACUACAGGACAGGUAAGCUGCACUGCCCAGCUGAUGUCUGUGGGCCUCUCUAUGAGGAGGAGCUGGCUUUCUGGGGCAUCGAUGAGACAGACGUGGAGCCAUGCUGCUGGAUGACCUAUCGCCAGCACCGGGAGGCAGAGGAGGCCCUUGAUAGUUUCGGCGGGGGGGGCUUGUUAGACCUGGCUAACGAUGAUGCGGAGCCAGAGCAAGAGCACGCUGAGGAUGAUGUGGAUGAGAUGACAAGGAGGCUGGCGCAGGGGGACACACAUGACGCCAGGAGCGGGAACAUGUGGAGCCGGUGGCAGAAAUAUUGUUGGGCUCUGUUUGAGGACCCUUACUCCUCUAAAUAUGCAAGGUGGGUGGCUCUAGCCUCGCUCUUCUUCAUUCUGGUGUCCAUCACCACCUUCUGUCUGGAGACCCACGAGGCCUUCAACCCCAUUAUCAACCGCACUGAGCAUGAGACUGUGGACAACGUUACAAUUGAGCACAUCUACCAGGAAACUGAGACGGCGCCCUACCUCACUUACAUUGAAGGGGUUUGUGUGGUUUGGUUCACUUUUGAAUUUCUAAUGCGAAUAACUUUCUGUCCAAACAAGUGUGAUUUCAUACGGAACGCCCUAAACAUCAUCGAUUUCGUGGCCAUCCUGCCCUUCUACCUGGAGGUCGGCCUCAGCGGCCUCUCAUCCAAGGCAGCUAAGGACGUGUUAGGUUUCCUGAGAGUAGUCCGUUUUGUUCGAAUCCUGCGUAUCUUCAAGCUGACCCGUCACUUUGUGGGACUAAGGGUUCUGGGCCACACCUUGAGGGCCAGCACCAACGAGUUCCUGCUCCUCAUCAUCUUCCUCGCUCUUGGUGUCCUCAUCUUUGCUACUAUGAUCUACUACGCCGAACGGAUUGGAGCUAACCCUAACGACCCUCGAGCCAGCGAACACACACACUUCAAGAACAUCCCAAUCGGAUUCUGGUGGGCUGUGGUGACCAUGACCACUCUGGGCUAUGGAGACAUGUACCCGCAGACGACCUCCGGUAUGCUGGUUGGAGCCCUGUGUGCCCUGGCUGGUGUGCUGACCAUUGCAAUGCCUGUCCCUGUGAUUGUCAACAACUUUGGAAUGUAUUACUCUCUGGCCAUGGCAAAACAGAAACUACCAAAGAAAAAAAAGCACAUCCCUCGGGCACCCCAACCAGGUUCUCCAAACUUCUGUAAGUCCAGCAUCAGCUCCCAACCCCAGAGCCCCAUCCCCCAUGACGACGUUUUCGAGAUAAAGUUUCAAGAUUCCAAGCUGAAUGGUGAGGCAGCUAACGCAGCUCUGGCCAAUGAGGAUUGCCCUCAUAUAGACCAGGCGAUAUCUCCGGAGGAAAUCUUCAGCCCCAGCGAGAGAGAGCGGCCCUGCUUCUUGGUCACCACUGCUGAGCGCCCCAACCACACAGGGGGCAGAGUGAGGAGGGGUUAUGAAAAGCCUUGGAGCCUUAACAGCAUGUCUGGCAUGAGCGGGGAUGCCUCUGGAGUGUCCUCAGUGUCCGCCCUGCCCUGCAGCCCACCCUGUCUAAUGCAGCACUCACAUUCUCCCAUCCCAUCCAUUAUGUAGCAUGGUUGAGUAGCAGACACAAUGCCAUUGGAAGGCCAGUCCACACUCCUCCUUAUCUUUCCUGUCAGAUCUUUUGCUUUUACACUUGCCUUCGCUCCUGCUUUUCAUUUCUCAUUUUUUCUUUCUUUAUUUUACUGGAAAACUGUAUCUUAACUGUGCUAAUACUCCAGUUUCCCAAGUGUUCUCCUUGGGUGUGUCAUCAUUUCCUAGGCUAGAAAACACAUGCCACUCUGCAUGGGUCACCUCAGUUGCCGACAAAGCACUGUUGAACUUCUACCACAGGCUAACUCCCCCUCUUUUUCCUGUGUUUACAUCAUUGCCUGUUGCUCUGUUGCUUUUGAUCUCACAUAUUUCUUCUGCCAAUAACUUUGAUCUCAUCUGCUUUUUACUAUUUUGUGAAAGAAAUUUUCAUAAGAUGUAACCCCUGCAAACAAUAUGCUGGACAUUACCAAUACAUGGCUUUGAAACAUCUCCAAAAUGUUAUCACUGCCAGCUGUUAAGGGAGCUCCUAUUAAGUGCUUUGUACGUUGCAAAGUAGAGACGUUAUUAUUCUGAAAGUGCAAUCAGACAAGACUCAAUGUUAUCUGAGUGGCCAUCAAAAAAUGAUGAUGAUUUGAUGUCCGAUGCAAUAGGGAGAUGAUGACGAUUCCUAUGCUAGUGAUGAAGAUCGAGUCUAAUGUUUAAAGAACUAAAACUGUUUGUUCAUUUGCAUGAAGUGCAUGGGAAAUUAUGUUCAACAAGAAGCUAACUCUAACGCAGUAACUGUAAGAAAAAAAGAAACCUUUAUUCUUUCUUUAGAUUCUUAAGCUUUUUCAUUGUUAUGCAUUUUGAGACAGCUUUACCAGAGACUCAGUCAUAGCAGAGAUUUUUAUGUAGCUACCAUUCUUUGCCUUUCCCCAAAAAUUCAUACAAUUAUUUUAUUGUACUUAUCUGACAGGGGGCUCCGACUAAAAGAGCUUGAUUUAACUUGAAUAAUUUGUCUUAAA